AUGGUCGGUUGCGUAACGUUGACCGCCGUCCCAUCACUCGUCUCGCUCUCAGUGGCCCCCAUGACAGCCAUGACACAAGUCACCGUGAGCUACGUCGAUCAGCUCAAGAAACAGCUUCAACAAGCCCUCGAGAAUGAUGAAGAAAAGAAAAUCGACUCUUUGAUUGACGAAAUUGAGAAGUUAACAUUUACAAAGGACCUUCUACAGGUGACUCAUUUUGGCGCUGAACUGAACAGUGUUCGAAAAAUACUUGGAGAAAAAUGGCCGGCGAUAGCAAAGAAAUGUCGAAAUAUCAUCAAGACUUGGCAACAACUGAUUCAAACUAAUUCUUCGAGCGCUACUUCAUCGACGAAUGGAACUCCAAAUAUUCUGGGAAGACGUCUCACACCCGCUACUCCCGUCGCCAGACCCGUGCCCUUAACUGAAAAAGUAAAUGAGCAGUCUUCACCCAAAGGAAUUUUGAGAAAAGCUGAAAGUACAAGCCCCACGACGACAGAUAGAAAAGCUUCGGAAAAACCAAAAUCCUCUACGACAUCACCGAGAAUCACGAUUGCCGAAUCAACGUCUACAACUUUGUUACUGUCACAUGGCGACUCUAUUGGACUGAUAAAAGAAACAACAGCAAAUGAAAUAAGAACAAAUGGAAAACGAAAAGGAGAAGAAAUUCCACCGACGGGCCUGAAGCGAGUGAAGACGGUAGCCGGCGAUUUGCCGUCAACGAGCACGCCUGCUUUCUCUUCGUCAGCGGGGCAAUCAGUUUUGGCGGCUCGAAGACAAGCUUCUCAAUCAACGGCUGAUAUGAUUGCUCAAAUGUCAUCAAACUUGUCGAGUGCUUCUGAUCUAGCCUCGCUCAUCAGAAAUCAUCAAAUACAAGUCCAACGAGAAGAAGCUGAUGAGCAGUUCGCCCAAAGUCUUGCAGCCGGUGCUGCACAAGUUCAGUCUCCGUAUGUGCGAGGAAAGCGAAAAUAUGAACGUAAGAUGGCAAAAGUUUCAGCAACCCAAAUCGAACCAAGCAAUGAAGAACAAAAAGGUAUACGACUUCGUAUUUCAAAGACGACUUCAAACCUUUUGGAUGUUGACAAUGGCGAUGAACAUCCAAAUCCACUAGAGUCAUGGCCUGCAACUUCUAAAAAGAGUCGCGAAAAAUAUGAGUCAAAACCAUCAGCCUCUUCAGCCAUGGAUUGGUAUGCAAACUUGCAGUCGUUAGAAGAACUGCAUCUACGCGCUGAAAAAAUACCGCCAGUGAGAUCAAUAGGAGUAGGGGAAGGACGACAAGCUCACUUUAUCAAGCGUCGGGAGCUUUUGGUAAUGCCAUUGAUUUCUGACACAGUCAAGCCAGACUUCCUUGUUCACAAUUAUCCGGAAAAACAUCGCUUCUAUGCGGAGGAGAAUUUUCUUUAUGGACGAGAAAAACCGACAGAGGAG